AUAAGAUAAGGUAUCCACGGGAAACACAACAUAAUAAGGUGGACAUGGACUUAUUUAUUUACCCCUCACAGGUUAGACAGUAGUUGUAUUACAAUUUUCUUCUGAUCUUUUCUUAUUUUCUUUUAAUUUCCUACUUAAACAUUCCCUGAUCUGUUUGAUCUUAUCUUCCUGUUCACUCUGUCCUCACUCUGGUUUGCUUUUUUCUGUCUUUAAAUAGAAGUCAAAUUUAAAAACUUUCCAUCUCACAGCUGUGCAAACAGCUAGCACUUGCCAGAGUUCCCACGACUUUCCAUUGCACCCUACUCAAGCUGUGUCAAGUGUCUUAUGUUAACACAAAUGAAAACAAUGUAUGAUACAGCAGGACAAAACUAAUGAACCAAAUAUGUAUGCAAAAAGCAUUAGUGUGUUUGUGUGUAUAUGUGUAUAUGUUUGUGUAUGUAUACUGGUUGUAUGUGUUCUACAUAUGGGUAUAUGCACACAUGUUGCAAAAUGGAUAGAGGAAGAGAUUGGGUGACUCUUGGCAAUUGGCCAACAAAGGACCACCUCUCAAGGUCAGGGGUCAAUAUAAGGCUUUAGCUUGACGCUCCACGUCUUCACCAGCAAGAUGCAUGCGACUCACUCCCUGCUCGUCCUGCUCCUCAGCCUCCCAGCGCUGCUGUGUAACCGAGCUGUGUGGCAGUUCAGGGGGAUGAUCCUCUGCACUGUGCCUGACAGCUGGCCGCUUCUGGACUAUGCUGACUAUGGCUGCUACUGUGGGCUGGGAGGCUCUGGCACACCUGUGGAUGAGCUUGACAGAUGCUGUCAGGUCCACGACCAGUGCUACAGUGACGCCAUGCAGCACGAUGACUGCUGGCCCAUCUUGGACAACCCCUACACUGAACUAUACAGCUACAGGUGUGAUGAGGCCAGCAAGACCGUCACCUGCCAGAAUAACAAUGAUCCCUGUGAGAAGUUCAUCUGUGAGUGUGACAGGAAAGCAGCCAUGUGCUUCGCCAAGGCAGGUUAUAAUGAAGAAAAUGCAAACCUUCCCAGAGCUCGCUGCAAAUAAGCCAACGGACUCAGAGAGAAACACACUGAAGAGUGUCUUUAUUAAAAGUCAACAGGUGUCAUUGUAUUCAUAGUUAUUGUUUUAUUGUCAAACAAUUACCUCACAAACGCACUGUAUAUGCAACUUCAUCUCUUGUGAAAUUCAAAAUUAAUAAAUUGCUCUGAAACACA